GUGAACUCGCGGGAGCUUUCUUCUUCCUCUUCCGGAGACAGUGUUUAGAGGCAUUCAGGAUGGUUCAGCGUUUGACAUACCGUCGUAGGCUGUCCUACAAUACAGCCUCUAACAAAACCAGGCUGUCCCGAACCCCUGGUAAUAGAAUUGUUUACCUUUAUACCAAGAAAGUUGGGAAAGCACCAAAAUCUGCAUGUGGCGUGUGCCCAGGCCGACUUCGAGGAGUUCGUGCUGUGAGACCUAAAGUUCUUAUGAGGUUGUCUAAAACGAAAAAACAUGUUAGCCGGGCCUAUGGUGGUUCCAUGUGUGCUAAAUGUGUCCGUGACAGGAUCAAGCGCGCUUUCCUCAUUGAGGAGCAGAAAAUCGUUGUGAAAGUGUUGAAAGCACAAGCGCAGAGUCAGAAAGCUAAAUAAAAAAAUGAAGCUUCUUUGAGUAAUAAAAAAAUCAAAAAGCCUUGUUCUGUUA